AUGGCCCGCACCAAGCAAACCGCCCGCAAGUCAACCGGAGGAAAGGCGCCGCGCAAGCAGCUCGCCGCCAAGGCCGCCCGCAAGUCGGCGCCCGCGGCUGGUGGUGUCAAGAAGCCUCACCGCGUGCGUUCUCCCGUCUCUUCCGUCACUUGCGACUUCAUAUGA